AUGGCAUGGAAGAAAAGAACCAGGCCUAAGCUUAGGCUGACUGGAGACAAAUUCCCCUCUGUGGAUGUCUUUGUCACCUGUUGCGGAGAAGACGAUGCUGUUGUUCUCGAUAUGGUCCGCGGUGCCCUUGAUCGAGAUUAUCCCCUUGACAAAUUCAGGGUUAUCAUACUGGACGACUCCAGAUCUGCAUCCAUGGCAUCUGCUAUUGGUGAGCUGGCUACCAUGUAUCCAAACAUCUUCUACAUGGUACAAGAAAAGAUCCCUGGCAACCUCAAGAACGGCCUCGAUCAGGUGCAAUAUUUGCCUGGAGGAGCAAGUGAAUUGAUGGCAACACUAGACGCUGAUAUGAUCCCUGAGUGGGAAUGGUUACGUGCUUGUAUCCCCCAUAUCCUGCUGGAUCCUAAGAGUCUGGACUUCUUUGUGAACAUCAUUGAGCCAAUCAAAGAUGCCCUUGGGGUGGCCUGGUGUACUGGAUCUGGCUAUGUUGUUCGCCGCCAGGCUCUGGAGGACAGUGACAACUUCCCUCUGGGAACCCGGGUUGAAGAUGUCGCGACUUCAACACUUAUGCUCGGGAAAGGCUGGAAAACGGUAUACAUCCACGAACCCUACAGUUUUGGAAUUGUGGGCACAGCUGCCAAGCUGAAUUUCUGCCUCUGGGAUGAGAGCGUCCGGCAUCUGACCUUCGCUCAACGCUUCUCCGGAUUCAUCUACGCAAUUAUCAACUUGUCUACUCUCCUCCUGACUGCGUCUCUAUUCGCCAUUCCCAUUAUUCUCCUGUGGGGCAAGCAUCUCGUCGCGUACGCAAACGAAGACCAACUCCGUUGGCUCAUGUGGGCCUGUUUCCUAUGGAUGUCACCCUACAUCGCCGUGUGCAUGGUCCGCUCUUUCAUCCUCCCCAAAUGGCUCGGCGGCCAAACCCAAGCCUUCAACCCCACCGGAUCCCUAGCCGCAGCACUUAACGAGCGCGACCCGAAGCUCACGAAGAACAUGUUCAUCCGUCUUCGGGCGGUGUUCCUCAACUACAUGGUGUUCUUCCAUCUCGCCUUCGUCUCGAUGUGGACGCCAAUCACCUAUGCGAUUGAUCCACCAAUCAUGCCAGACCGCGAGGAGUCGCCCGUGCGAGAUCAGAAGACUAGUGUUGCUCAUCCGACGGAGGAGAGUAAACGCAUCGCGUUCGGUGGACAGGCUGUGUGGUUCGAGUUUGAGUACUCGGCUGCUAUUACCGUUGUGCUAGUUGUUUUUAUCCGUUAG